AUGAGUAAUGGAUCUGUGAAAGACAUAUUGAAGGAUAAAAAGAAGGUUAGAUUUGUUGCUGAGAGUGCUUUUAAGCAAGUUGAUAAGGAUGGUAGUGGUUAUCUUGAAAGACCAGAACUCGAAGAGGUGAUGAAUAAUGUGGCAGCAGAUUUAGGAGUCGAAGUAAGUAUCACGAGUAUUACAUUGUAGCCACCUACAAGCGAGGAAAUAGAUGAAGUAUUAAAAGAAUUAGAUGAAAAUGGAGAUGGAAAAUUGUCUAUUGAUGAAUUUUAAGUUUUAAUCGAAUAGGUUCUAGAGAUGAUGGCAAAGGUCGAAGGUUGA